AAGUGCGUUAGUUCAGUUUUGCAGUAGCUAGCUUUUGUCACCAGCUUGAUUUGAAAACAAAAAAGUUUUAUGAUCGUAGUGCUAAUUUAGCAGAAUUUAUCGCGUAUUAUGUAAAACCUGUAUAACAUGUCUCAUUGUGAACAACUAAUGGAAUGCGAAUAGCUGUGUUUCAUGAGAUGAGUCGCCUGCUAACUAUUCUUUAAAACAGAUAAGGUUACCUGUACAUGCUAUAUCUUGGUUUGUGGUGAUUUUGUGAUAUGAUCCAGACAGAUCACGUUAGCUAGGAAAUAACACAACUGCAGUCCAAACUAUGGCCGCAGAGCGUGCAAGUUUGCCCUGCGGGUCAGAUGAGGACCUCAGAACGAGACCACUGGAUGAGCACAUGUCCUCCAACGUGGGAGAAAGCCUGAAUCCUGGAGAAACUGUGGUGGGGCGUGACAACAAGGCAAAGCCACAGGAUGACCUUUCAGGGAACAAUGUUUGUGGACAAGAGGUUGAUGGAGUGGCCAUUUGCCAGUUCUUUUUGCUGGGCAGGUGUCAUUUUGGAAACAAAUGUCGUUUGUCACACAGCCUGCCCCAGUCUGCCUCAAAUGUCCCAGAGAGCAGACAUGACACAGAACAGGAUGCAGGAAACAGAAAGAAGGUUGGAAAGAUGAAGAAAAUGCAGAAGAGAGGGAAAAAUGUGAAGGAAGUGGAGGGAAAAGAAUAUACCAAGAAGCCUCGUAUGCGUACAGCCGAUGAUGUAAUUUCCAGGAUUUUGUGGGAUCCCUCCCUGGAUCCGACCGAUUUCAGUGUGGGGUACCUGGAUCGCUUUCUGGGGGUGUUAGAACGUCCCUUUUCGGAAUUCUCAUGGGACACUGAUAUCUGCAGCUGUGACUACUCAGAGGAGCUGGCUCUUCCCAGACACAGGUUUCAGUAUUUUACCUACAGGGGCCGACGUGUCUGGGACAGGGAGAGCAGGAUGGAUGGGGUUUUUGGCUCUACUGGGGGGCCACUUGAGCCUCCCUUUGCUGCAGGCGGUGAGAAGGAGGAAGGAAAUGUAUCGCAAGAAGCUAGACCACAGGAAUCAGGAGGAGAACUACACGAAACGUGCGACGAACUUCGAGAAGAAAGCACCAGUGGCCAUGCAGGAGAAGCCCGUGAUCAGGACAGCUUUCACAUGCAUCCUGGGGUCGACGAGGAGAAAGAGACAGGAGACCUCUCUCACACAUUGGCUGAGGUAGCAGGAGACCCUCAAAGCAGCCAAAAGUGCUUUCUCAAUGACACCCCGCAGGGCACUCAGACUGCAGGAGUCGAAUCAGAAACGUGUGAAAAGGAAGCAGUUGAUGUCUCUGAGUUGUCUAUGUCGACAGCCGAAAUGUCUGUCUCUGAGAGAGGUAAUGCCAACAGAGAAGGAAGUGAUGGAGAACAGGAGGAGUGGAAAGAGGAAUGGGAAGAGGAAGAAAAAGAACAGUUGUCAUGGCAGCUUUGGUCUUCAUCCAAACAGGGCUCCCGCUCGCCAGUUGAAACCGAGAAACAGAGUCCGGUCUUCAGGGGCGGAGCCAGGUCAGAGCCUCUGGGGCAGCGGCAGAGGCCUAGCAGGGGGAGGCCCACUCACUUCAUCACUUUUCGCGCAGACACGCCCACGUUACUCUCGGGGUUACAAGGCCUCCGGGAGGAGAUCACCUCCCUCUUCCCCUGCUCCGCCCCUCACUGGGUCUCCCCCGAAUCCCUCCACAUCACGCUCAGCCUCCUGGUCCUCUCAGGGCCCGAGGAGGUCAGUAGGGCCUGCAAGAUCCUGAGGGAGUUCGCUCAGAAACGCAGCCAGCCGCCGCUCUCCCUCUCCUUCCCGCCGAAGCUGGACCAUUUUGGAGGAAGGGUCCUUUUCCUCACACCACAACCCCUGUCUGGGCUUCAGUCUCUAAACAGACCCCUGCAGGAGGUGUACGGCAAGCAGGGCUGGCUUCACAGGGACUCCGUGUCCCCCAAUUACCACCUGACGCUAGCAAAGAUGAAGGGAAAUGAGGGUGAGAGAGUGUUCAAGGGAGUGGUGGACAUGUACAGCGUGGCUCGAUUGAGGGCCAUAGAUUUCGGGAAACUGGUUGUGAAUCAGCUGUGUCUGUGUGUGAAUGGCAAAUCCAAGAUGGAGGAUGGUUUUUACGAGACUCUCUGUGUAGUGAACCUCCAGUGAGGAAAUGUGAGAGUGAAAAUGAAUAAACGUGUGGUUGUGUCAGUGAAGGAGCAUGCCAGAAGGGACAGGAGGUUGAGAGGUUGAGGCUGAGGAGUGAUGAGAUUAGUUUACCAAGGUGGAGAAUAGGACCAAAGCACUGGCACAGCCCAUUUAGUUUGCAUUUUAUUUAGCAUGGCACCUUUUGCAUUGAUGUUUUCAUAGUAGUAUGCCACAUAAAACGUUCCCAAAGCAGGGUGGCUAUGUGGAUUUCAGUGGUGUCUUGAGAUGGAGUCACAGAAUGGUUUGUGAGUCACUGACUGCAAACAAAACUGUGUACCACACAAAAGCUCGUCCAGAUUGGGAGGGAGAGCGUUGUCUUUCACUGUGGACAACAGCUUACCUGCAAGUGCCUGGUGAAACGCUGAGGGCCAUUCAUUACAUUACAUUCAUUUAGCAGACGCUUUUAUCCAAAGCGACGUACAAAAGUGCAUUUUCAUGAUCGUAGACAACUGCUGAACACGGGUUCAGUAAGGUACAAUUACUUAUUUUGUACAGCCAUUCGAGCAGGAGGAACCCUGAUUAACUUAAACCCACAGUACAGGUAGGAGGGAGUUCCUUUGUCUUCCUGCGUAGUCCUGGUCCCUAAUGAAGGACCUGGAUGAGAAGUUGCAGUUUUGAAGCUGUUGGGCUCAGCCAUGGGGAAGGCUGUUUGCUUGUUUAAAAAAUGAAAUUCACAUCGAUCUACUCUGACACUGAUCUACAAAGUGGCUAUAUUGUGCCACACAAGUCUUUUUGUUAUGCCCUGAAGGUUUGAUUUCCCUUUGUAUGGUGUCAGAUCUGACUCCACAGCUGGGCUGGUUUGGCAGAUCGCGUAGCUUCUCUUUAACGUUCCGCUGCUCUAUCGUUAGCGCUCCCCUAUAGCCUGUUCAGUUUGCGGUGGCGUUUUGUUGCCGGUAGGAUUAGCUUUCGCAAGCACCUCAGCUCUGCCAUGAUAUCACCGCUCCGCACGGUAACACUGCCCAAGGCUGUCUGUGAGGUCAGCGCAGGAGUACUGCUCAGGCUGAUCUUGCGUGCCCUGGGAAAAAAUAACCAUGGAAACGCAAGCUGGCUGGGGGCGUGGUGGUGGGAAGGCAGAAAAAGAUAACAAGUGACUUGGUAAUACAUGGGUUAAGAUAAAUAAUGGAUGGAGCUGCUAAGAGAAUGUGCCUGAAUGUACUAAUUGUGAAGGAAGCAAGGAAGCACUUUUUUCCACUAAUAGCUGCAUACCUCCUUUUCCAUGGGAACCCAUGGGAAUGGCAGCACAGCAUGGAGGGUGGGGAGUGCUGGGUGUCUAAACCAAAGCUUACAGACUCACUUCCCCGCUUAGAUGCUGUUCAUAUCUAUAUGUAUGAACAACGCUCAUGGAAAUUGAAGGAGAAUGAAUCACUAACCAAAUCAAGUCAACUAUCAAAUUUAUUCUUUGAUCUGCCAUAAGAAACAUGCACAUGCACUUUAAUGCACAUGCAUUUUGUUUUAAUUUUGCAAUGAUGUUUCUGAGGUGUUUCUUUGUGGCAGUGUCAUGAAAAGACGCUGAAAAAUGAAUCAUCGAUACCUUAAUAUCCUGAAUGUGCAAUAGCACGUGCUGCACAUUUGAAAACACAACUUGGGACCAACAUCAGUGCGCACAAAAUCUUGGUUUCUGUUUGCUUUAAAUGUUAAUUGACAAAUAUUUAAUAACUCUUUAAGGUGAAUCAAUCUUAGUAAAUCAUUUUUUUAAAAGUAAUUUUUACUGCAGUGGGCGUUAAAUAUGACACUGGUGUCUAAUUAUAAUCAUUUCAUGCAGUCUGAGGGGUAUGGGGGGUUAAAUGAAAUGAUAAAAAUGAUUUGUGAUGUAUCCUGCUUUUAUGUGCUGUAUUAUGUAACUUAAAUGUCCCCUGGUGAAUCAGCCUUGGACAUCAUUGUGUACUGUUAUGUUUGACUUUUAAAAUGGCUAUUUGUAUCAAAUGUUUAAUUAUAUUUUGGAUAUAAAUACAUUUGCACUACUAUCAAA